AUGGACUUGGUCAAUAUCCACAGUUUUGGCUUUUCCCCUGGGGAGCCUGUUUCAUUGGACCUGACUCAAAACCCAGAGCUUCACAUCCCAGAGAUUCUUGCAGCUGGGAAGCCUAUGACCUUGAACUGUACCAUCAAAGGUAUCUGCGAAGAAACCAAAGCCCUCUUCCUCCCCUGGAAAGGGCCCACCAUGUCCUCCACCUCAGGCGUCUCCCGCAACUCCCCUUCCUCGGUGCUGCACCUCACCCCAAAGCCUGAAGACCAAGGCACCACCCUCAGAUGUCACUUGAACUUCUCCCUAGCUGACUUGACCAGAAGUAGCAUGGCCAAGCUCCAAGCAAACUCACCUGCCAGGCUGUUCGACUCCUCCUGCUCCUUGGAGAAGACGCUGCAGUGCAGCUGUUCCUUCCAGGGGAUCCCCACACCCUCCAUGCGGUGGUGGGUGGGAGGUGCCCUCGUGGAUGUGAACAGCAUGGACAACAUCUGCCAGGUGACCUCCACCACACGUGCCCCGUGGGCCAACAGCACCAUCAGCCUCCUUGGGGAGCCAGAAAAAUUCACGAGACUUUGCUGUGAGGGGAAGAACCAACAUGGAAUCCAUACUUCCAGGAUCUUCCUGUUGCCAGAUAAGAAUUCCGUUUCCAGAGUGUUCAUGAAAGGCCUGAUCCAGGGCGUCGUGUAUGGAGCCAUCGCAGUCACACUGUUGCUCUUCUUCCUCGUCCUCCUUGUGUGA